UCCGGAGUGCGGCAGCCUGUUUCUCCUCUGAAGUUGGCUCCAGCCUUAGCAGCCGCAUUGGAUCCCACAGCCUAUUGCGAGACUCCGGUAUACAAUCCGGAUCUCUGCCCCAACAUGAUCGCGGCCCAGGCCAAGCUGGUGUAUCAUCUGAAUAAAUACUACAACGAGAAAUGCCAAGCCAGGAAAGCUGCCAUCGCCAAAACGAUCCGAGAAGUCUGCAAAGUGGUGUCGGACGUGCUGAAGGAGGUGGAGGUGCAGGAGCCUCGCUUCAUCAGUUCCUUGAACGAGAUGGACAACCGCUACGAGGGGUUGGAAGUCAUCUCCCCCACGGAGUUUGAAGUCGUGCUGUAUCUGAACCAAAUGGGGGUUUUCAACUUCGUGGACGACGGUUCCUUGCCGGGCUGCGCUGUGUUAAAGUUAAGCGACGGGCGCAAGAGGAGUAUGUCCCUCUGGGUGGAGUUCAUCACGGCGUCUGGCUACCUCUCCGCUCGCAAAAUCCGGUCCAGAUUUCAGACUCUGGUGGCUCAAGCCGUGGAUAAGUGCAGUUACAGAGACGUGGUAAAGAUGGUGGCGGACACCAGCGAAGUGAAGCUAAGAAUCAGGGAUAGGUACGUCGUGCAGAUCACUCCGGCGUUCAAAUGCACGGGGAUCUGGCCGCGGAGUGCUGCCCACUGGCCGCUUCCCCACAUCCCCUGGCCGGGACCCAACCGGGUGGCGGAGGUCAAGGCGGAAGGCUUCAACCUCUUGUCCAAGGAGUGCCACUCUCUGGCCGGCAAGCAGAGCUCGGCCGAGAGCGAUGCCUGGGUGCUGCAGUUCGCGGAAGCCGAGAACAGACUGCAGAUGGGCGGCUGCAGGAAGAAAUGCCUCUCUAUCCUCAAAACCUUACGGGACCGUCACCUGGAGCUGCCGGGCCAGCCCCUGAAUAAUUAUCACAUGAAGACUCUGGUUUCAUACGAAUGCGAAAAGCAUCCCCGGGAAUCGGACUGGGACGAGUCGUGCCUGGGGGACCGGCUCAACGGGAUUUUACUGCAGCUCAUCUCCUGCCUCCAGUGCAGGAGGUGCCCGCAUUACUUCUUGCCCAACUUAGACCUCUUUCAGGGCAAACCUCACUCGGCCCUGGAAAACGCGGCCAAACAAACGUGGCGACUGGCUAGGGAAAUACUUACCAACCCGAAAAGUUUGGAGAAACUUUAGAGGGCAACUAUAAAACCCGCCUGACCGAUAAAUCUGCUUAUUUGCCGAUGAAGUUUAAGCUGCCUGUUCGAAAAGUCAAAUAUUUCCACCUGACAAUGCAA